AUGGAUCGCCGGCAGAUAGAUGCCACAUCGGCUUUAGAAGUGGCCAUUCAAUUAGCACGAGGACAACCUGCACCUACCUCCCAACCUGAUCAGCCACCCAGCUCUCACCCUCAACAAAAUCCGCAGUUAGAGCGUCCCCAGUAUCAUCAAGAUCCACCACAACCAAGGAAUCCUCAAGGACCAGAGCAACCUCCCAUUGCUCAACAGGAAAGACCAGUCCAAAAUCCUGAUAGAAACAACGAGCAGCAACCACCCUCUCGGGCUGGUCGAGAUAAUGUUCAGCAACAAAGGCUGAAUAGGGCCGAGCAACAUCCCAAAAGCCCUAGACGCCAGACAGCUGGGGAGCAAAACCCUCCUAGCAGGGGACAACGUCCCUCAGUAAGUAGAAGACAAGUGGACUUAGGCUCUGUGGUCCGGGGUCCCCCACGACAUAGUAAUGUCAGAGGACCUAAUGACCAACACAGGCGUUCCCCUGUUUAUCGAGACAUACCAACAGGGAGAGAGGGGAAUAGUGCGUACAGCAGGUCACACACUCAUAGGUCACAAUUCAGAGAUGGACAUGAUUAUAAUGAGGCGGACUCUGGCAGGAAGAACGAUGGUCGACAGUCGGAGGAGAGAGGCGGACAACAAAAUCCUCCGCCAAUGGAGAACCGAACGACAAGCCAAAAUGUUGGGGGGGCAGCCUAA